AAGGGAAGGUUGGUCUGUUGGUAGCAGAAGGAAGUCAGAACAGAGGUAUUGUGGGGUAGGUUUGUUCAGAACAGAAACCAAAGACCAAUUUUCCUGAGCAAAAGAAAGAACAUCUGCAAAUGAAAUGCUGUUUCUGCAGCUUCCAUUGCUGCUGGCUCUCCUCCCAGGUGCUGACAGCGAGGACGGCUUCCAGGAGCCAGUCUCCUUCCACGUAAUGGGGAUCUUAUCCUUUUACAACCGUUCCUGGGAACAAAAUGUGGGCUCGGGUUGGUUGGGUGAGUUGCAGACUCAGGGCUGGAAUAGCAGCUCUGGCACUAUCAUUUACCUGUGGCCUUGGUCCAGGGGCAACUUCAGCAACGAGGAGUUGACAGAGCUGGAAACGCUGUUUCGUACGUUCUUCAUUAACUUUGCACUGACAUUUCACAACCGUAUCAUUCAAUGGCAGCUUAAAUAUCCUUUUGAUAUACAGGUAGCAGGACACUGUGAGCUGCACUCUGGGGAAGCCUCAGCAGGCUUUUGGCAGUUUGCUUAUCAAGGAUCAGAGUUACUGAGCUUCCAGAACAAAUCAUGGUUGCCCUCUCCAAAGGGUGGACAUAGAGCUCAGCUUGUCAGCAGUGUAUUCAAUUUGGACCAAGGCUACCUAGAAAUAGUACACAGGCUGCUCACCGACACCUGCCCACGUUUCCACCUGGGUCUUCUUGAUGCAGGGAAGGCACAUCUCCAGCGACAAGUAAGACCAGAGGCCUGGCUGUCCCCUGGUCCCAGUCCUGGUCCUGGCCGCCUGGUGCUGGUUUGUCACGCCUCUGGCUUCUACCUAAAGCCUAUUUGGGUGACGUGGAUGCGGGGUGAACGGGAGCAACAGGGCACUCAGAGAAGCGACGUUGUGCCUCAUGCCGACGGGACGUGGUAUCUUCGGGUGUCCUUGGAAGUGGAAACCAGAGAGGCACCUGGCCUGAGCUGCCGGGUGAGACACAGCAGUCUGGGGGACCAGGACAUCGUCCUCUACUGGGGGCAUCGCAGCUCCGUGGGCUGGAUCUUCUUGGCAGUGACGGUGCCCCUGCUGCUCCUGGCAGGUCUUGCGUUUUGGGCUCGGAAGCGCCGGACACUCUGUCAACCCGCAAGCUCUCGUCUCCCUUUGGAAUGAGAUCCCAGCAGCUCAGGAGCUCAGGAUGUAGCUAAACACAGCCCAGUGAUGCUGGCCUUCAACUCUCCGUGAACAGCUUUUCUUGUUGUUGUUGUUUAUUUCUGCUUAAUGAUCAGUUGUCACUGUGAGUGAAGUGUAAUUUUGCGCCUUUGUGGUUGUAGCCUGGGUUAUGGGGCUUUAAAAUUCAAAAUUUAAAUUCCAAAUGCAGGAGACCCUACGGACACUCACAUAUUCAAACAUGAAUGGAUUAUCAGGCAUAUUUCAGAUGUCGCUUCCUCCAGAGAGCCUUCCCUGAUUCACAGGUGGAGGCAGUCUCUACCUUGUUGAACUCCCAUCACAGUUUAACUGGACCUUGCUAAAUCUCCUCACUUCAGACCCUUUUUUGUGGCUAUUUAGUUCUGUUUUUCCCCUUCUAAUUUUUAAGCUUCUUGACAGCAGAGCGCAUGUCUUUUUACCAUUUGUAUCCUUGGCAAUGUGUCUUCCCUGCACUUAAUACGUUCUCAAUAAAAAUCCGUGCUGCACUUAUGCCGAAUUUAUAGUCUUUGAAAA